GGUAGGGUGUUUCCGGUUCCGGUUCGGAUUGAUGACCGAGCCGAGUGCGAGCAGGAGGUGAACGGCGGCUUCGAUUUAACCUGAGAUUGAUCAUUCAGCAAUAUAAAUUGAGAAGAUCACCUUAUUUAUAAGUAUCUUAAAGGGCAAACAUGUCUACUUGGAUAAAACCGAGGGGAGGUCCAUCACACAGACCCAGCCCAGAUGGAAGUUCAUAUGCAACAGCGGAAUACAAUGUUCCAAGUGCAUCCUUACCGAGUAUCCUUUCAACUCGACAAGAUCUAGAGCGAGACCGAUCACCUUUAGGAGCUGAAAGAGUUGAUCCCUACAGGACUCAGGAAGUGUUGGAAUAUUAUGGUGGCUAUACUGAGCCUUACAGUACAGAGGAUUACAACUACACCUGGAGCGAAGAUAGUUGCAGACAAGAAGACAGUCGCCGAGAUGAGCUUUAUCAGCAGUUCUACAGAGAGAUAGAGGAUGACUACAACAAAGAAAAACAUGCUGACUGUGUAGUUAUAGCACUAAGCAAGCAACAGGGGGAUUAUGCCAAACUGGUAGGGCGACGAGUCCAAGAACUGGGGCUUCUCGUGGAUCUUGUGUAUCUUAAAUUAGAGUUGGCUCUUGAUACUGCUUUGAAAGAUGUUCGAGAAGAAGGUUCCCCAUUUUGUGUUGUCGUUGGAGGAGAGCACCAGUCUCUUUCUUCAUGCACAGUGAUUAUUUUGUAUGCAGGCCACAAAGAACAUCGUAAUAUGCCUUUGGAAGAUGCUUUGGACCUGAUUUCACGUGAACACCAACGCAUUUUUGGUGAAACUCUGGAAAAAGAACGCCUUGAGAUUGCACACAAAGCAGCUAAUUUGGCCGAUGAUUAUCUUCAUCGUGAGUCUUACGAUGAAAGUCACGUUGUGCCCAGCAGCAUUCGACAUCUCCUUUUCCUGCUGGGUGACGGAAAGCAUCUGUAUGCUGAGGAGCUUCAAAAGGUGGUUGAUUAUUUGAACAAAAGAAAAGAGGCCCUUGAAGGAGAAGCAAACAGUAAUUGGCAAAACUAUCAGGAAGGAGGAACUGAGCUUUAUCAGUGGCCACAUGAUCCUUCUCUUGCUCAACAGCCCACUGGAACUGAAGGUUAUUAUGAUGUUGGCAGUGUUCCACAGCCCUCCAGCAAGCCUAAACCCCUCCUUCCAACACCAGGCAGACCACCUCUUUUGGGUCAUGCUCCUCUUGCUCAGAAAAAACCUCCACUUUUGGGUGAUCGACCAAUCCGGGCUCUUCUGCCUGCUCCAGGUCAUCCUUUAAAACUAGGUGCUAGACUCCAGCUGCAGUAAGGAGCAUCACUUGACGCAUCAGAAUGCACAUUGCUUUAGAGAGGGGUUUGUAUAUCCAACAAAACCUUGUUUGAAGAGCACCAGAAGUCCAAGAUAUUGUACUGAACGAAUACAACAAACACCUUGAAUAUUCUCAGACUGAGUUGUGAACUGUAGUAUUUUAGAAAGAUCCUAUUGUAAGUUCAAGUUCCUUUUGAAGGUGUAUGCCCAAUGUCAUGUAAAAGGACCAUUUUUUUGUAACUUUUAAAUGUCGCCAUGAAUGGUUUUGAAAGGGUUGGGAAAACCUUGGUAAAUGUAUCUUUCGCAGUGGUUGUUUCAUUUGUUAGAUGCUUGUUAAAACAUUUCUCCAUUCUGUUUUAUGAGAACUUUUUAAAAAGAUUUUAUUGUAUGGUGAUACCUUUUUAUGGAGUCUCAAAGCACUCUGACAUGCGCUCCUUUGUGUUGCUGAAAGCAAGUAUAUCAACAGAAGCAAGUUGAAUAAAUAUCACCGUACAGUAUUAUCUUGGCCAGAUUUGUACAACUGUUCACUUGACUGCUUUUUUUUUUGUACUGAGCAUUGUAACAGUGCUGCAUUGAUUUGAUGACAAAUAAUAUGUUCAGUAUCCCAAUUAAAGUAAUUAAAUUUCUUUAAUGUAUUGAUAUACACCUCUGUUAAAUGAAGUUUCUAAUUAAUUUGCAGGAGGAGGGAGAAAAAUCCACAAUCACUUUAGAAACGUUAGUUCUCAGUGUGUUACAAUGUGAUAGUAUUUUAAAGUGAAGGGAUGUCUUCUGUAACAACUGAAGAAUACGUAGGUGUUUGAACUUAAUAAAGGUUCCCCUUUUUCUUUGUAA